AUGAUCGCCUCUCGCGUCGCCUCCGUCCGCCCCGUCGUGUCCGCCAAGCGCGCGGCCGUCCGCGCCCAGGCCGCCCGCCCCUCGUGGGCCCCGGGCAUGCCCAUCCCGGACCACCUGGACGGUUCCCUGCCGGGUGACUUCGGGUUCGACCCCCUGGGCCUGGGCAAGGAGCCCGCGCUGCUGCAGCGCUUCCAGGAGGCGGAGAUCAUCCACGCGCGGUGGGCCAUGCUCGGCGUGGCGGGCUGCCUCGCGGUCGAGCUCUUCGGCUUCGGUGACUGGUACGACGCGCCGACGUCGGCCCUGAACGGCGGCCGCGCGACGUACUUCGGCGUGGAGUCGCCGUUCGACCUGAACACCCUCACGGUGAUCGAGGUUGUCCUCAUGGCCGGCGCGGAGAUCUACCGCAACGAGGAGACGGACAAGGCCAAGCGCAUCUACCCCGGCGGCAAGUUCGACCCGAUGAACAUGUCCAAGGGCAACAUCGACGAGCUCAAGCUCAAGGAGAUCAAGAACGGCCGCCUCGCCAUGCUCGCGUUCCUCGGGUUCGUCGGCCAGCACGCCGCCACGGGCAAGGGGCCGCUGGCCAACCUGGGCGACCACCUGGCCAACCCCGCCGCCGUCAACGUCACCACGAACGGCGUCUCGAUCCCCUUCUUCUAA